AUGGGAGCGUGCGGGUCCAAGGACGUCGUGGUGGUGGCCGGCACGCCGGGCGCCAUGCCUGACGCCCCGGUCAAGGAGAAUGCCGCCAAGGCCGAGAAGCCUGCGGCGCCGGUCGAGGUGCCGUCCGGUCCCCAGGUGGCAAAGGACGCAUCUCAUGCGGAUGCGAGCGCGGACACCCCCAAGGCGCAGGAGGUCCAGCAAGCUCCUGCUGCGGCCGCGGAGCCCGCUCCCGCGCCCGAGGCCGGUGCGGCCGAGCCCGAGGCCGAGCCUGCGCAGGAGGAGCCGGCGGAGGCUGCGCAGGCUGCGGAGGAGCCGGAGAAGCCUGUCGAGGGCGCGCAGGAGCCGCAGGGCGAGGAGCCUGCCGCCGCGGACCCCGCGCCUGAGGCCGCCGCGGGCGAGCCCGAGACGGCUGACGCUGCGCAGGACGGCGCCGCGGAGGACGCGGAGCCCGCCGCGGAGCCCGAGGCGGCCGGCGCGGACGUCCAGGCGUCUGUCGCGGAGACAACGGGCGCCGAGCCCGUGCUGGGCGAGGCCGGCGACGCGGCCCCGGAGGACGAGCCCGUCACGCGGAUCUCUGCCAGCCUGGACCCCUCGGGCGACCCGAAGAUCGACGCCAUCGUGGCCAAGUUCGUCAACGACCUUGCCGCGGUCGUCGUGGACCGCUACGCGCGCCUCCGCGUGCGCGCCGCGUUCCAGCGCGUCGCCGUCGACGGCCUGCUCCAGCCCUCGCACGUCCCGGACUUCCUCAGCCUCCUGUUCGGCGAGACCUACAAGCACGCCGGCAAGGCCUUCCAGCUCCGCGCCCAGGAGAGCAUGCGCAAGCUCGAGGUCACGCACGCCGAGGAGGACGGCAUCACGUUCGAGGACCUCGUCGCGCGGUUCAUGCGCGACAUGGACGAGAACUUCGUCGAGCGCGUCAACCGGGAGUUUGAGAAGCUGGACACGGACAUGGACGGGUACGUGUCGCCGCAGGAGCUCAAGGACGCCGUGAAGCGGCACACGGGGAUGGCGCUCAACGACGAGCAGACCAGGCAGCUCAUCAAGGUCUUCGAUCUCGACAACGACGGCAAGGUCAGCAAGGGCGAGUUCACGCAGCUCCUGGCGACGACGCGGCUCGGCGGCGCCACGACGGCCGUCAUCGAGGGCGCGCUGCUCACGCCCGCGCAGGGUGCGGCGUUGCGGGACCUGUACCGGGAGCUGGCGGAGUCGUUCGAGAUGUUCUGCGAGCGCGUCGAGGUGGACGGCGAGAAGAAGCAGGUCCUCGGCGUGGAGCAGAUCGUGACGAUCCUCGAGCAGCGCGACGUGGACAUUGACGCCGACAAGGCGCAGGCAAUGCUGGAGCGUGUGGCGGCGAAGACGCCGGGCAAGGUGGACGUCGGCGAGUGGGCGCACCUGGCCGUGAUCGCGCUGACGCAGCACGCGAAGGGCGAGGAGGACCGCGCGAUCAAGGAGGCGCGCCGGGCGUUUGCGACCUUUGACCAGAACCACAACGGGUUCAUCAGCACGGAGGAGCUCCACGACGUGCUGUGCCGCGAGUUCAGCGACGGCGAGGCGUCGCAGAAGGCCGCGGCGGGGCUCGUGGAGAAGAUGGACAUUCGAAAGGACCACCAGAUCGACCUGGAGGAGUUCUUGGUGUACUGCAUGCGCCUGGAGGCCGACGCGAGCUUCGCGGCGGUGUAG